AUGAGCGCUCAGCCCCUUCCUCCUAUUCGCCGACUGGUCACUGGCCACGACACCCAGGGCAAUGCCAUUGUCUGGAAAGACGAAGAGAUCAAGGCGUCCCAGGCAGAGCAUGGCCCGUUCUUAACCCGCAUUUGGUCAUCCUCUGAACUGCCCCCCGAUGUCAACACCACCGACGACCUGGGCUUAGUCGAUACAGGGCUCGCAAACAAAGGCACUAUCUGUCGAAUUGUUGACUUCCCUCCGAAAUCUGUGGGCAUGGUCCACCGAUCCAUUACUCUCGAUUAUAUCUACGUGUUGGAAGGGGAGGUCACUUUGACGCUCGAUGAUGGUUCAAAGACCAAAGUUGGGAAAGGCAAUAUUGUCGUUCAACAAGGGACAAUGCACGGAUGGGACAAUGAGACAUCAAACUGGGCGCGACUGCUGUGUGUCUUGAUUUCCGCAAAGGCCCCAGUCGUUGCGGGUGAAGAAUUGAAUGCGGAAGUUCCCUUCCAGAUUUAG